GGCGGCAGAGUCGGGGGAGGGGGGAGAGGGGGCAUCGCAGGGGCAGGGAGCCAGCCCCGUGAACGUGUCAGCGGCACUGGGCAGGGAGACACGGCUUCAGCAGAGGGGGAGCUGGAGCCGCGGGAAUCCUGGGCUGAGUGGGGAUGUGAGUCGCAACCGAGGAGAGCAGGAGGAGGAGUGAUGGUGGUGUGUUGGGGAUUGAAAAGUCUGGCUGCAACAUUUUAACCAUAGCGAGUGAUAAACGAGGGGGAGAAUAAAUGGGCAUUAAAUAGCCGGAGGAGGAGGCUGUGGCUUCAGGGUUACGCUCAGACACAUCGCAGUUUCAGCCCACGAGUCUGAACUUUUUUUUCGCAGAAGACGAUCUUAAAAAAUCCCGUCACUAAUGUUUGAAGGAAAGAAUGAGUUGUUUUGAUGCAGGAGUUGGUUGUUAACCCAAACCGAAUAUUAACCUCUUCCUCGCCGCUUCAUUGUCAUUGAUAUUUCCCCCUCCUCAGAAACGGUGCAGUUUUAUUCUUUCCAACCCCCAACUUGUUCAUCAAAAAUUUGCGAAGUGGAGACGCGACCGAGUCCCGACCCCUCGAGCCCGGCUGAGCCCGACAGUAGCUCACCUCGGCCGGGUGCGAGCGAGAGUCGCGGACGCCUCUCGCCCAAAAGGCGGCGGGUGCGGAGAAUGGCUCGUCUCACCGCCGAGCUGCUGCUCCUGCUGGGGCUCCUCGUCCUCACCAUCCACAUCACGGUGCUCAGGAGCAACCCCCUGGGGCAACAGGGAGGUAACAGCACCGAAGACGGCGAUGGGCAGACCAAUGUCAACAAUGGAAAGGCUUCUUUUUCCAAUUCUGCUCGGACUGUUGUAUCGGUGAGGGAAUCUGAUGGAAGGGGCGAUUCUUCUCAUUACCAGAAUGAUGGCAGACCUUUUGCAAAGGCCCAGACGCUGCAGGAGGAAGAACACACACCCCUUCAGAGAGAUGGUCCGCGAACAUUCCUCUUAGAUCUGGAGAACUUCCCUGACUUGUCCAAAGCAGAUAUUAAUGGACAGAAUCCCAACAUACAGGUUACAAUCGAGGUGGUAGAUGGAACUGACAUAGAGGCAGAGAGGGACUUGCAUAAAGUGACCAAACCCAGCUGGCCGGUGCCUUCGUCUGACUGGAGGAACUGGUGGCAAAAGUCAGCAACGGUUUCCCUGAGCGACGGCGAUCAGGAAAACAGCCAUGCAAGUGAAGACAGCAAUUUCUUGAACCCUGCAGGCAGCUGGGAUAGAAGCACAGUUACACAACGGAGAUGGGAAUCCAAAGGACAGCCUGAAUAUGAUUAUGCAGAUGGAGAGGGUGACUGGAGCCCGUGGUCACUCUGCAGUGUAACCUGUGGAAGUGGAAACCAAAAGAGGACCAGGUCUUGUGGAUAUGCCUGCACUGCCACCGAGUCAAGGACAUGCGAUAUGCCAAACUGUCCUGGGAUUGAAGACACUUUCAAGACUGCUGCAACAGAGAUGAGCCUAAUGGCUGGAGGUGAAGACAUAAAUGCCACAGAAUUGUUUGGAAUAGAUACAGACAGCUGCGAAAGAUGGAUGAACUGUAAAAGUGAAUUCCUGAAGAAAUACAUGCAUAAAGUUGUAAAUGACCUCCCCAGCUGCCCUUGCUCCUAUCCAACUGAGAUUGCCUAUAGCACGACCGAUAUCUACGAUCGAGCCAAACGCAAGGACUUCCGCUGGAAAGAUGCAAGUGGCCCCAAAGAGCGCCUGGAAAUCUACAAGCCAACCGCACGUUACUGCAUUCGCUCUAUGCUCUCCCUGGAAAGCACAACGCUGGCUGCCCAGCAUUGUUGCUAUGAUGAGAACUUGCAGCUCAUCACACGGGGUAAAGGCGGGGGGACUCCAAACCUCAUUAGCACCGAGUUCUCAGCGGAGUUGCAUUAUAAAGUGGAUAUCCUUCCGUGGAUAAUUUGCAAAGGGGACUGGAGCAGGUACAAUGAGGUCAGACCUCCAAAUAAUGGUCUAAAAUGCACAGAUAACCCCUCAGAUGAAGUAUACAAAAGACAGUUUGAGGAAGCCAGAGAGUAUUAAAAGCAGGUUCUCUCCUGGGCGCGGAUUAGUAGACUGAAUACUUUCUGGAGAAGCUAUUUUGUUUCCGUUUGAGGACAGACAUUCAGUUCACUGGAUAUGCGCACCCAAGGCAUAAAAAUACCACACACCAGUCACUUGGCACCUUGUCGAUACUUUCCUUUUGACUGCUCCAAACUUCUGAGGACCGUUCCUUUGGCAGCGCCAGGCUCGCAGUUCAAAGGGAAGGCUUGUGCCCCCCCCCCCCGCCUUUUUUUGAA